GAGGGGCGGGGCUCGUUCCCGGUAGCCCAACCUGCAGGCCCCGGCGGCGGUGGAGUUGGAGCAGUUACCGCCCCGAGGGCUGCAGCAGCUUCUAGUCGUUUUCCCGCGCCUCGCAGGGCUUCUCCUGGUGGCCCUGCGGGUUCGGAGGAUCGGCCGGCAAGCACAGGUUUCCUAAAAGACAGAACAAUGGAGGAAUCCGUAAACCAAAUGCAACCACUGAACGAGACGCAGAUAACCAACUCCGAAGGGGGAUACGUGUGGCAAGUCACUGAUAUGAAUCGACUACACCGGUUCUUAUGUUUUGGUUCGGAAGGUGGGACUUACUAUAUCAAAGAACAAAAGCUGGGCCUUGAAAAUGCUGAAGCUUUAAUUAGAUUGAUUGAAGAUGGCAGAGGAUGUGAAGUGAUACAGGAAAUAAAGUCAUUUAGUCAAGAAGGCAGAACGGCGAAGCAAGAGCCUAUGCUCUUCGCACUUGCCAUUUGUUCCCAGUGUUCCGACGUGAGCACAAAACAGGCAGCGUUCAAAGCGGUUUCUGAAGUUUGUCGCAUUCCUACACAUCUGUUUACUUUUAUCCAGUUUAAGAAAGAUCUGAAGGAAAGCAUGAAAUGUGGCAUGUGGGGUCGUGCCCUCCGGAAGGCAGUCGCAGACUGGUACAAUGGAAAGGGGGGCAUGGCUCUGGCUCUGGCUGUGACCAAGUAUAAACAAAGAAAUGGCUGGUCUCACAAAGAUCUGUUAAGAUUGUCACAUCUUAAACCUUCCAAUGAAGGACUUGCUAUUGUGACCAAAUAUAUUACAAAGGGCUGGAAAGAAGUCCAUGAAUUGUAUAAAGAAAAAGCACUUUCCGUGGAGACUGAAAAAUUAUUAAAGUAUCUGGAGGCUGUAGAGAAAGUGAAACGCACAAAAGAUGAACUGGAAGUCAUUCAUCUAAUAGAAGAGCAUAGAUUAGUUAGGGAACAUCUUCUAACAAAUCACUUAAAGUCUAAAGAGGUAUGGAAGGCUUUGUUACAAGAAAUGCCUCUUACUGCGUUACUAAGGAAUCUAGGAAAGAUGACUGCUAAUUCAGUGCUUGAACCAGGAAAUUCAGAAGUAUCUUUAGUAUGUGAAAAACUAUGUAAUGAAAAGCUGUUAAAAAAGGCUCGUAUACAUCCAUUUCAUGUUUUAAUUGCAUCAGAAACUUAUAAAACAGGUCAUGGGCUCCGAGGAAAACUGAAGUGGCGCCCUGAUGAAGAAAUUUUGAAAGCUUUGGAUACCGCUUUUUACAAAACAUUUAAGACAGUGGAGCCAACUGGAAAGCGUUUCUUGCUGGCUGUUGAUGUCAGUGCUUCUAUGAACCAAAGAGUUUUGGGUAGUGUGCUCAAUGCUAGCGCAGUUGCAGCAGCAAUGUGCAUGGUUGUCACACGGACAGAAAAAGAUUCUCAUAUAGUUGCUUUUUCAGAUGAAAUGGUACCAUGUCCGGUGACUACAGAUAUGACGUUACAGCAGGUUUUAAUGGCUAUGAAUCAGAUCCCAGCAGGUGGCACUGAUUGCUCUCUCCCAAUGAUCUGGGCGCAGAUGACAAGCACAGCCGCUGAUGUCUUCAUGGUCUUCACUGACAAUGAGACCUUUGCUGGAAGAGUCCAUCCUGCUGUUGCUCUGAGGGAGUAUCGAAAGAAAAUGGACAUUCCAGCUAAAUUGAUUGUUUGUGGAAUGACAUCAAAUGGUUUUACCAUUGCAGACCCAGAUGACAGAGGCAUGUUGGAUAUGUGUGGCUUUGAUACUGGAGCUCUGGAUGUAAUUCGAAAUUUCACAUUAGAUGUGAUUUAACCAUAAGCACCAGCAUGACCUAAGAGGUCCACUGCCAUCGGUGAUCUCACUAAAAAUAUGUAGCUACUUCCCAGCUAAUCUUAAUCCAGUGAAAGAUGAUACGUGCAUAAUGUUUAUGUGCAGUAGGUGCAUAAUGGGAAUUUUACCUUACCAAAAAACAAAACAAAAAAAAAAGAAGAAGGAAAAAUAAGAUGAGCUCAGAGUUCUUUCUGUCUACUAAACUAGCUCUUGGGAAAUAGCUUCAGAGUACACUGUAGCUCCCUCUGUCUAGUAGAGGACUUCUUAUUGAUAGAUACUGUAAAAUAGGCAAAUAGUCUUGCUGUGGUGAAUAAUCACGUUUAUACUUAAAAAGAAGUUAAGAGCCAAAACUGUAAGUAGUUCCAUAUCAUGUCACUUGUUUAAUAAGUGCUUAAAAUUUUCUUAAAUGUUUGCAGUGGGAAAGGACAGCUUUGGGAAUGUCCAAAAACUCUGAAAUGCACUGGACCAUGUAACUGUGAUGGAAUAAGAACUUCAUCUGCACAUUUUUAUACCAAGGGAUUAGAAGAAAAAAAAAAAAAGAUUUGAUUAAAUUAUGAAUGAGUUUUACAAAUUCCUUGGAGUUUUCUAAGAUCACAUAAACAGCAGCUUUCAUACUCAAUGAAAAAGAUACUUUGAAUCUGAUAUUUUAUUUACACCUGUAGGAUUGUUAACAUUAACAUGAAACAUGCUGGAGACCCCUGAGAAGAGACUGUAAAGUUUGUGUCAGCUGAGGGGCUGUUUGGUGUGUGUUUUGUUUGUUUUGGUGCAUUUUAUUGCCGUGAGUGGGGCAUGACUUCACGACUUCUGCUAAAGAAUAGCAACAUACCCACAUGUAGUCACGCUGCUUCUUUUAUACACUCUUAAAUGAAAACAACAUACAGUUUUCAGCAUUUAACUCCCCCAUUCAUAAAUCUGAAAGUAUAACCAUUAAACUCUCAACUAUAACCAGAUUAGCUUUUUCCUUUGAAAUAGCUAUCAUUCUAAUUACCUUUAUUUUUUUAGCCAAUUGUAAAUUGGUUUUAGGUUAUUUCCUAAUUGUAAACAUGUCACUGACUUAUCUUUUUGCCCGUUCAUUAUGACAAAACAUUCUUUUUCGGUACUGUAAAACAAGUAAUAAAGCAAGCUAGGUCUUUCAGGUUUGAAAGUCAACUUUUGAGUAACACAUUACCACUAACUAAUUUGUAAGAACAUUUUUUUUCUAUUUUAUUUGGGUAUAAACCUUUUCACUACACUGAAGUACAUUAUUUUCUUAAGCAAAUGUCCCUUCUUUCUGGCGUGGUUUAACCUAUUGAAAUGCCAAUAUCUGCUUAUAUUAUAUCAUGGUUGUUUAUCGUAAAACUUCAAUUUUUAUGUACUUUUCAUAAUAAUGAUUUGUUAAGGAUUUAUAAAGCCCUUCUCACUGUCAUGUAAAAAGUCAAACUAGUAAAUUUAAAUUAUGGCCUUUUGUGUACUUGGGAAUUAGAGGUUUUUGAGUGCAAAGAAGAAACUAGUAGUGUUAGAAUCUGUGAAGAUACCUUCUGUUUUAUAAGAAAUUUGGGCUCUGGAAGUGACCAGAAAGUGUCCCUCUCAAACUUAUUUGACGUAUUAAUGCUGGCUCUGUUAUGUAGCCAUUCCUUCAGGGCAGCUGGUAGCAAACUGCAUAUGUGAUUCAUCUGAUUUUUUGUUGUCAGUGAAGUAGUGCGCACACACCCCCACCACUGCCCCCACCCCCACACAUCACUUCUGACACCAUGCUGUUCUUAACCUCUGUCGAGCAUUGGAUGUAAGGUGUUAGCUACAUUUGAUCCAUUAAAAUAUUAUGUCCAGAUUGAACCUAAAGAGCCUAGUAUAGAGUAGCACUUGAAGUUUCAAAGUAAACCCAAGACCUUAAAAAUUACAACACGGUCUAACUUUUUAUUCCUAAUAGAAAUGCUAACUGGAAUAUAGCAUAAAAGUUUCUUUCCUUCAGUUCUGUACUGGUCAGAUAGUGCUUUUAGGUGUUCACAAACUAAUAGUAAUAUUCAACACAUCAGAGGAAUAAGAUUAGAUGUCACCUUUUUGAAAUAUUUAGGUCCAUCUAAUUAAAUGGAUUAGGGUAAGAUUUAGGAAAGAGAAAGAAAAUCGAAAGGGGGCCACUAUAGAAGGGAACUCUAUUUUCAAAUCAUGAAAUUUUAGAGCUGGAAAAUACCUUAGAAAUUUUUAAAAGUUAAUUUUUAUCUGUAGCUUAGGGAUACAAAGUCUAAGCGUAUGGCUUCGGAGCACUAAAUCUAGCAAUCUUGGGUGCUUCAUUCCCAUUCCAGAAUUCAUCUCCCCACAAAAUGGGUGAAAUAAAAUUAUUCAAGACUUUUCUCUUUUUAGGUAUUAGGAAAUAAUGUAUAUACAUGAUUGAUUUAGCAGUAGUAAAACAGAAAUUGUGAACAUGUAUACUUUUCUAGCUCAUAGUAACUCUCAAGCACAAUGUCUUAAUAACCUGUGUUGCUGUAUAUGUAACAUAGUCCCAUAGAAAAAAUUUUAAAACUUUACCUCAUGAGUAAAAUGUACUCAAGUGAUAAAAAAAGUUUUAUUUUCUAAAUUACUUUUAGGAUUAUUGCUACAUUAAUAUUUAGGGGAAAUAGUUGCUUUUAAAAAUCAAUCCUAAUUAAAAUAAGAACUUUAUUUCCUAGAAAAUAUGUAAAUAUUUUCAGGAGAUAGUUGUAAUUAGUGAAACUAAAAUUAAUCUUAUAAUCCUACCCUAGCUUAUUAGUUGAAACCUCCUGAAAAUUCCAUUAACACUAUUAUAUAUUAUUUUGUUUAGUUUCAUGGGAACACUAGUGAGGAAGAUGCUAGUGUGUGGAAUUUAGUGUUAACCUCUUUGGAACCUCUUGUUUUAUCUAACAAGUCACAUAGGAAUGUGACUGUAGACAAAUUUAACUUACCAAUUUUGUUGUCUUUAAAAUGUAACCUAGAUGAUGAUUGGGUCUUAGAAAAAUCAAUGAUUUAAUAUUUAUAUAGAAGUUUAAAUUAGGAGGAGGACUUGCAAUGCAAAUUAGAAAUUUUUUUAAUUGAAAACAUUCUUCAUAGGAGUUAACAUAUUUUGAAUAAACUUUUGGAAAAAUCAUUCAAUAGGCUCAAUAAUUUGUCGCUUUAACAAACUUCCUGUUCUGAAUGGGAAAAUGUGGAAGAAAAAUGUUUAUAGUGAAAAUGAGUGUUGACUAUUCCAAGUCUAAGAUCCACUUGGAGAGACCUAGAAAAACAAACAUAUUCUAAGUAAAGAAUCACUAUUAGUAAGCACUUGAUUAACCUUUUAAAAUAACAGGUAAAUCCACAAAUGAUAGAAUCUAAUUUUGUCAGGCUUUUGCCCUCAUUUUAUGAGAUCUUGCAAAAAUAAUAUAAAGUCGUUUUAGAAACUUAAGGCAAAAUUCCUGAAUGAGUUGGAGGAUCAGACAGUUAAGUACAAAACAUUUUAAAAGUACAUCUAACCCAUAAUUGAAGGGAAAUCAUUGUGAUCACUCAUUGGACCUACUCUAAUUUGACCUAAAGAUUUCAUAUCCACAAAUAAAAAUUUCUUAAAAAGUGAUGCCUUACAGUAUGUUAUCAAAAGUGGAUAAUUCUAUUCUUGUAUACCACAGGUUUAGGGUGAUUGGUUAAAGCAAUAUCCUCUCUAGAGAAAUGUCAUACAGGCUCAUUGCAAACAUGCACAAGGAAGAAUGAGGAAGAAAAAAGAUAACACUAUGAAUUUAGUUGCGUUUACUGUACAGAUUUUAUUUAGUAUUUCCCUAAUAUCUGCUCCCUGAUCUUAUUUGUUGGAAGAUUACUUUUAUAUCUCAUUUUUUUCUUUUAAGAUUACUUUAUUCUGACAUUUUUGUCCUCUGUUUCUUGGCCUGCUCUUACCUGGAUAAUAAAAUGAAUGACAGGAAAAUCACCCAUAGUUAGGUUUGGGAUGAAUCUUUUUGCAGAUUUCCAUUUGCUCCAUGUAGAUUUAAGAUCAUAUUUUUUUCCAGUUAAUAAUGGGCAGGUCUCUUGGAACAAUAAUUGGAUUAGUGUAUUUUCUCCCCAAAACAAGUCACAUCGUAUAUCAUUUGUGUUAGAUCUUUGCAGAAAUUUUGUGGCCUUUGGGUAAAAUUAUUCAGCCAUUGUUUGCAACUAUAGAUCUACUUUGCUCUUUGAAAAAUAAUUAACUUAAUACUGCUUCAGAAAAUAGCAUAUCUCCAGGCUCAUAUUUCCAUAUAAAGAUCACUUUCAAAUCUUUUGUCUAAGUACUUCACUGUGUCUAAGUACAUCGUUUGUAGCAUACAAGAUCCUGUACAUAAUGUGUCUUCACAUUUAACAUUUUUUAAUUGAUAAGUUUAUUUGCUUUUGAAAAAUUAGGAAGUUAAUUUAAAAUUCCCUGGUAAUAUUUUUUCAUGUAGAAAUCUAAUGUAGUUAAGUAUACUGUUUGAAUAAAAUUAUAAUAAAUGACACAUAUUUCUAAACCCUGAAAGUAGCAAAUUAUAUUGGAAACUGGUAGAGAAAUAGAGAAGUUACAUCACAGAAUUCUAUUACUGAAAUAAGGCGUUUAUUUUCAACAAUUAUGAAUUUUGUAAAUACAACAAAAAUACACAAAAGCUGUUUCUGAGCCUAAAGAGAUUUUUCCCUUUGCUUCUAUUUAAUUUAGCACCAUCAUGUACCAUAUUAAUUUUAUGAACACAACUGAUACCUAAUUUUAAAAUAUAUUUAGAUUUCUGUACUUUUAUAAGUUACCAGAAAACUGAACAAAACAAGUAGUAAGUUAACUACAUUUCUGCUAUUUUCACUUAAUGAACACUUGGAUUGUUGAGGGUAGUAAAUGAGGUAAAGCCUUGCUGUUUUAUGUAUUAUUACCACAUAAAAUUGAUAGAAUAUUGAAACUUUUGUUUGAAAUACUAAGCUUUAUUUGCAACGUAAACUGUAGAAUCUAUAUACAGCCAAAUUAAGGUUAAAGUAUUAUACAAUGAAAAGUAAUCAAAAAAAGUUUUUGUUGCUCUAUUAUUUUAAAUAUGGACUACAUAUAAUGUGGCUUGGUAUGACUAGACAGAGCUUUUGUAAUGCAUUUCAGUUAUAUUUUGUAACUUUAUUGCCAGCUUCUGAUCAUGAAGAAGUUCUCCAAAGGGAUGUGAAAUCCUCUUUUUAAAAAAAUUGCUUGGGGGAGAGGUGUUAUAAUCUAGUCUAAACCGUCCAUUUUCUUUAUAUAAAGGCUUUGAUUUCCAUAAAUGACAUUUAAUAUUUAAAUUAUACAGAAUAAUGCCUGCAUAGAAUAAAAUUUAAGUAUGCAAGAGCCUUAAAGUGAAAAAAAAUGAAUCUUCUGACUGCCUUAAAAUAUGACUAGCUCUCCUACCGGCAUAUUACUUACAUUCCUUAGGGUCUGUUCAUUAAGUAAUGCCUUAAUAGUGUUAGUGUUUCUUAAGUGCAGGAACUCUGAGGGUCUUUUAGAGCUUUCAUUACAUAAUGGAUGGAAAUUUAUUAAGUUUCAUAAACUGUACAUUAGUAGUAUAAGCACCUAUUAACAGGAUAAUCUGGGUACAAUGAUAUGUUCUACAUACAUGACUGUUAACAUCAGUAAUAUCUUUGGUAGGUUAGGGUUUUUUAUUGUUUGAUAUAACAAAUUAUCCAAGAAGCUGGACUUUAUGUAACAAUCUCCAAGGACCAAGCUGCAUAUUUAAAUACUAUGAAUGAAAAAUACAAAUGUAUAGUUUCCAAAAUGAUUAAUUUUUGAGGGAAUUUUUGAAAACAAAAGGCAAAUACUUUGUUUCAAGUCUAUAACCAGAUUCAUUCAAAGAAGUGAAUAUAGUUGUAAAACAUUGCAGUUAUUGCAAUAAAGAGUAUCCAGGCCAGUGAUUUGUUUAACUACAUUCACAUUUUUACAUUCACUUUGCUUUUCAAAGCAGGAAUAUUUUAUAAAACUGAAAGAAAACUUUAAAUUGUCAAGCUGGUGCUUAAGGUUAUAUACAAGUUUCAUUUCAAAGGAAGGGACUCUGAAAAGGGGGGGGGGUUGUUUCUUAGCUCUGUUGAUAAACUUACUGAUGCUUUGUUGAGUCUUCCAAGUUUUCAUUGUAAAUAAUACACCUAACAAUAUAAUUUGCUGUUUUCUGAUAGGAGAUGGAUGGAAUACUAAAGAAUUAAAUUUAUUUCAUGAUAAAAGUUUUCACCAAUAUUGUGAAAUCUUGAUUUUCUCUCCUUUUCUAGCCUUGCAAAAUACCAUACUGAAUACAUCAUUUUAGAAUUGGGUUCCAGAUGCACACUUAUGGGAACUGUUUCUGGCCAACUGUAUUAUUGUAGAAAUUGAUAGAUACACCAAAUAAACUUUAUGCGCAUCAAAUAAUUGUCUUUAUUUCCUUUAAAAACUAAGAAUUUCAAGGUUAUAAUAAGUCUUAUAAAAUCUAAGACACUUAGUGUUACAAUAUUUGAAUAAAAUGAACUCAUGUUUCAUUAUUAA